AUGUCUCUCGGGCGUACCUACAAGCUUAACUCGGGCUACGAGAUCCCGGCCGUCGGUCUCGGUACUUGGCUUUCCAAGCCCCACGAAGUCGAGAAAGCAGUUGAGCACGCUUUGCGCAGUGGGUACCGUCACAUUGAUGCUGCAGCAUGCUACCAAAAUGAGAAUGAGGUCGGAAAUGGCUGGAAGAAGUCGGGCGUGCCGCGCGAGGACAUCUUUAUCACUAGCAAGCUGUGGAACACCCACCACCACCCCGAUCACGUCGAGGAGGGCCUCAACCAGACUCUGAAGGAUCUCCAAACCGACUACGUGGACCUAUACCUGAUCCAUUGGCCUGUCGCUUUUGAGCACACCAACGAAACUCUCACACCGACUGAUCCGGUCACGAAGCGAUUCCGCAUAGCCGAUGUUCCGGUGGCCGACACUUGGGCCGCUCUGGAGAAGUUGGUCGCGGCAGGCAAGAUUCGUAGUAUUGGUAUUAGUAACUUUACCAUCGAUGCUACCAAGAAACUGCUCGAGACUGCGAAGAUCGUUCCCGCUACAAAUCAGAUUGAGGCGCACCCUUUCCUCCAGCAGCCAGAACUGACAAAGUUCUUGCAGGACAAGAAUAUUCUCAUUACAGCAUACAGUCCCCUUGGAAACAACACCUUUGGUAUUCCACGUGUUAUCGACGACCCGACUGUGGCGGAGAUUGCUAAGAAGCUUAACAAGGACCCCGCUCAGCUGCUGAUCUCGUGGGCUGUCCAGCGGGGCUCUGCCGUGCUGCCCAAGAGCGUUACACCCUCGCGCAUCGAGACCAAUUUCGAAGAUUUUGUCAUUCCCGACGCAGAGUUUGAGGCCCUUAACCAGUUGAACCGCAACGCGCGAUACAAUUACCCCUUCCGCUGGGGAGUGGACGUCUUUGGGGAGCUGGGAGCUGAGGAGGCUGAGCGCCGGGCUGAAGAGCAUGCUGCUAGCCUGCGAUAA